AUGAGACAAUUCCUUAAGCGUAAGCUGGUCCUGUUCAAUGAGCAGGGUCUACGUUCCCUCCGUGCCGUGGACAUUUUCGACGAGUUGAUGCGCUUUUUGCACCACUUUAUCGCCUUCGUCGGGGCGGACAUUUUCGUGGAGCACUUCCGGUGGACGUUCCAGACGUACGUGAGCUUCUUCAGCUUGGUGUUGUUUGCGGUAAAUUUGAUCUACACGGUGACGGUGCAUUGGGGCGAAUGGUAUGCGGUCAUGGACACGCUGUCGAUCAGCGGGAUUGGGUUCCAGGGGAUGAUCAAGAUGUGGAGUGGCCUGUCGAACGUGGAGUUCUUUCGGAAGAAGCGGGCGGAUUUGCGGUCGAUGCAUGCGAGGAAUGGUCGACAUCCGGAGAAUAAUUACGUGCUGCUGAAGAAUGUGCUGGUCAUUUUGUAUAUUUUUAGAUUUUUUUCGGUAUCUUAUAGCGUGGCUGGGUUGUUUCUGUUUGUGAUUCCCGGAUACAUGCUGAUGGUGAGGAACGAGGAGGUUCUUCUGUUUGCGUUGGAGAUUCCCACCGUGGAUCCGUUGACGCACACGGGCUAUGUCGUUACGAUGGGCUACCAAGUGUUUAUGGUGUUUUUGGCGAUCGCUGGGAUUCUGGCCGCGGACAUGGGCAUCAUGAUCAUCGUGCUGCACAUUGUUGGAAUUGUGGACGUGUUUAGGAACACGAUGAUUGAACUCGAUCAGCUGCUGGAAGAUCCGGACUGCGAGGACGAUGAAAUCCACGAAAAGGUCACGGAGAUCUGCAUGAUGCACAAGGAAAUCAUUGGCUACGAGGAAGAACUGAACGAGCACUACUUCUUCACGGUGUUCGUCCAGGUCAUCACUUCGGUGACGUGUCUCAGCAUGACGCUGUUUGUGAUCUUCAUGAAGGGUGACUGGACGAGAGUUAUGUUUCUGUUUGCGACCUUCUUUCAGCUGUUGGAGUUUUGUGCGCUGGGAACGUCGCUGACUUUGAAGAACGAUCACAUCGUUGACGCUAUCUACAACACCAAGUGGUACCUGCUCUGUCCUUCGGAUCAAAAGAAGUUGCAGUUCAUGCUGCAUCGAAGUCAGAAUGCCGUCGAGAUGACCAUCGGAGGGCUUGCACUGCUCAAUAUGGAAACGUUUGUAGAGAUAAUCAAAACGAUUUAUUCGUACUUUAUGAUGCUCAGAUCAUUCAUUGAAUGAGUUGGAUUGAUAAGAUUGAUGUUUCUUUCGAAGAUAAGUCGUUUUUUCAAUCAGGGUAGAAUCGAUUUGUUUGUCAUUUCAAACACCAAGUUUUCUUAGAAUUCCAAUCUUGGACUGCAUCAACAGAAACAGAUAUAUUCUGUUCAAAUGAAAACGAUAACUCGUAAUCGAGAUCAAAUUUCCACUCCCAGCAGCAGCAGCAAAUGGAAAAUCCGAUACCAUCAGCAGCAGUAACAGAUUGCACUUUGUUCGAAAU